AUGGCACACGAAUCAUCUGGUAAUGAAAUUAUCGAUGAAAUCGAUCGAUUAUGUGUUACUUAUGAUAAAGCAAAAGAAUAUAUUUCGAAAAUAAAUUCCAGUAUUACUGAACAAGUUGAUUUAUGGCAAUAUCGUCGACAAAUCAUUCUUGAUCAAGUUAUACAAAUGAAAUCUUCAUCUUCAUGUGAUUUUCUUCUACCUAAAACUCAACGUAUUAAUGAAUUAACAAUUGAAGCUGUUGAAGCUUUAUGUCGAGUUGAUAUAUUACUUGAACAAAUUCUUCGUAUUGAUCCAAAAUCAAGAAUACUGCCAACAUCAUCAUCAUCAUCAUCGUUUUCAGCACGAACAUUAGAUACGAAUGUACCACAAACUCAACUUCGUCAAUCUGUAUCUUCAACAGUUAAACAACAACCAGUUUCAAAUGGAAAACCACUCGGUCAACAUGUAUUACCUAUACCCGUAAUGCGUAGUCAACAACCGUCAACAUCCGGUCGACUAUCAACUUUAAUAACUCAAGAAAAAACUGGUUUUAAACCAGUUAUAUCACAACAAUCAUCAAUAAAUACAGUAGACAGCUCAUUACGAUCAACACCUAUGAAUUUACAAAACAGGAGUCAGUAUUCAUCGGUUGACGAACCUUAUGUUCCUCGUCCAAUGUCAUCAGCAUCAUAUCAGACACGUACACCUCAAACUGAUUAUGCACCUUCAGCUUUUGGAACUUCUUCAACUAAUCCACAAGUCAUCAAUUAUCAGCCACGACAAAAACCAGCUCAAACUAAAGAAAAAGUCCGUCUACAACGUAUACCACCUGGUACAAAAUGGUCACAAGCUAAAAUUGAUAUUAUUGAUAGUUUAUCAGCAUUUUAUGUUGAAAAUCUUGAUCCAAAAGUACAUGAUAAAUUUGCGCAAAUGCAACAUGACCUUCAUACUUAUUAUGUUAAGUUAGAACAAUCUAAUAAAUUAAUACCAUUAGAAGAUCUUGCUAUUGGUGAUUUCGGUGUUGCGAAAUAUGUUGAAGAUAACAAUUGGUAUCGUGCACGUUUAAUCAUGCGUGAAGGACAUGAUUCAAUAAAAAUUGUUUUUAUUGAUUUUGGAAAUAUUGAAGUUAAACCUGUAAAUGAAUUUUAUCCACUUAUCAAAUUAUUUACAGAUUUACCAGCACAAGCUAUUGCUUGUAGUUUAUCUGAAGCUUUUCCUCGAACACAAAAUGAAAAUGAAGCAAUAUGGCCCGAUGAAACAAUUAAAAUAUUUCGAGAAGCAGUACAUGAUACAGUGGUCGAAAUUCAUUUUGCUAAUUCCGAAGAAGGAACUGAACAAUGGCCGUUACAUUUUGUUCGAAUAAUCCUUAAUAAUCAGUCUGUAACAAGUUCUCUUAAUUUACUACAACGUAUUGAGCCAAGACCAAAUCGUUUUAUUGCUGAACAAAUGGCACCUUCUCUUGGUCAACAAGAAUUUAUUCUUUUCAAUGUACCUAUUAGUGAAGAUGAUUUUGAACGAUAA